AUGUCCAGCUCGACUCAGCCCACACACGACCCCAUUAUCAAAUUUGCACACGACAACGAAGACGAGACCCAACGGCUCGAGGCUCUCAAAUUUCCGUUCAGAUAUUUACAAUCGCAAUUUGAACUACUCGAGGAGCGUUUGACCCUUCUCCCACGCUCGAAAAGGGGAGAUUACGAGCCACUAUUGACUCGAAGUAAGAGUUCAGCUGCGGCCCUUAGUGAGCAGACUGUUGCAGAGGCCAAAUGGAAUGAGGAGGAUCAAGUGCAAUUGAUCAGACAAGGUUUUGAAGAGAUCGGCACAGAUGGAGAAGUCAUCGAUAAGAUACUGGAGUCUUGGAAGGACUGUGCAUGGCACCCUGGCAAACAAAGUACAGAAUCCUUGAGACGAAGUAUUGUAGAUGCCACAGACCAUAGUACCAACGAAAGAGCAGCAAGUUGGAAAGACACCCUCAUCGGCGAAGGAUCAAUUCUGGAAUACUUCGAGACACGAGACACCAGAUACGAGACUCUCAAACAAGAGUUUGACAAAUUGACUUUAGCAUUCAAUUGCUACAUAGAAGGGCCACUGAAAGAAAAGGAUUAG